AUUGGGGUGCCCCUGUUCCCCCCCCCAGCGGCCUCCGGUUACGGCACCCAACGGCUCCGCAUCGGCCGCGACGCGGUCAAGGACUUCGACUGCUGCUGCCUCUCCCUGCAGCCCUGCCGGGACCCCGUGGUCACCCCCGAUGGGUUCCUGUACGAGCGCGAGGCCAUCGUGCAGUACCUGCUGCACCGCAAGGGGGAGCUCGCGAGGCGCAGGAAGGCCUAUCGGCGGCAGCAGCAGCAAGAGCGGGAGCAGCAGAAGCAGAAACAGAGCCCCCUGGCGGCCGGCGGGAGCAGUGAUGACCCCGGCCCCUCUGGGACCCUCCCAAGCUUCUGGAUCCCAUCCUUGACCCCCGAGGCUGGAGCUGAGCGGCUGCAGAAGCCGGAGGGGGGCGCGCGGUGCCCCAUGAGCGGGCGCCGCCUUCGCCUUCGGGACCUGGUUCCCGUUCGCUUCGCGCCGCUGGAGCCGGGGCUGCGGCGCCCCCAGCUCCUGGCGCGGGCCCCGGGCUCCCGGUACCGGUGCGCGGUGAGCGGGGACCCCCUGGGCAACGGCAGCGCCUGCGCGGUGCUGCGCCCGUCGUGAGUGCGCCA